AUGAAGGAACCGCAGGAGGACAGCAAUCCAGAUACUCAUCAGUUCCGCACCCCUCGAAGGCCAAGCCCACAGCGUCCAACAACUGCAAGACGAUCACCAGAGUCAACCUGGAGAAACAGCCGUAAAAGGACCCCGUUGCCGCGAGCACAGUCAACCCUCACACAGAUCGAAUUUGUGACACAGCCCACGGUGCCGGAUGACGAGCAACUUGACUAUAUCGAUGAACCAAACCGCGAGAAUACUCACCCGGCCGAACCACCGAGAACCAACGAUGGCUCCGACAAGGACUCAGACUAUCUCCCAGCGCCUCCGGUACGGUCAGCUCGCACCACAAAAAUGAAGAAGAGUGGGCAGGAACACGAAUCAAGCGAGCGUCUGCCGAAACGGAGGAGCGCUGGGUUCCCCGGAGACGCAGACCGAAGUCACAGGCCGCGCAAAAGCGAAACACCGAGGACGAGUGGUCGCUCCAAAGGCAGCCGAAAACAACUAGAGAAGUCAACGGGCAAACGUAAUAAGACUUUGACCCAAAUGGACUUUGUGCGACGUUAUAUUACCAUCGCCGACGAUGAUAACGACGUUGAUAUGGGGUAUAUCCAGCCAACACCACGCAGGGACGACACUGAAAGUGAACAAAAAAAGCCUCUGCCAGCACCAAAUGAACAGGAAGCCGUGAAGCGUACUACGCCUGCAAAGAGGAAUCGAAGAAUAUUUGAAGAAGAGUUGGACCUCUCAACUGGAGACCCAAUUUUACAAACACAUGCAACACAAGACCGGAAGCCUGCAGCCGAUAACAAACACCACAAAAUGUCAACACCGGCAGCACCAGUCACACCGCAGAAAUCUCGAAGGAGCGAGAUCCCUUCCUCCCAAACGCCCGAGAGCCCUGGUCUUGCCAUUAUAACGUCUUCUCAGUUCCGUGGCGCUACUUGUUCCCCUUCGAAGAGAAGACCACCAAACCCAACAAACAAUUCCAUGCAGCAUAUCAAAGAAGAGUCUUCGGAGGAGCGAACGGUGGUAAAUGAUUCACAAGAGCAUCGUCAUGCUCCCCCAUUACAGAGAUCAAUAACGGACUCCCAAUGCAAACAUGACUCUUUAAACAUGCCUCCACCGAACAACCUCGAGAAUUCCCCCUUAUCAGAAUACCUGCCUGAGUUUGAUUCCCAAGAGCUGCCAAGGGCACAAGGUCAAAUUUCGAGGGAUAAGCGAACCAGGAGGGAGAGAACAGUCAUAUAUGAAACGGAUGCAGACUCUGACUACGAUGAAGUCGAAGAAACCACCAACAGAAGCUCCGUCACUCCAUCCCCUAAGAAACCACCUCACAAAAUCCACCAGCAGCCCAGCUCCCAGGCCCAAAAUAGUCCUGAGUCAACGAAAGAUGGGUCACCGGAACUUCCUCUCCAGAGCGUCCCAUCAAGUAUCAACUGGGACGAUGCUCCUGCGUCCGAACCUCCAAUGUCCGACACCUCUGUUUGCUACCAAAGAAUGCACGCAGCAACGCAAUUCCCCCACGAGCCAAUACCAACCCUGAAUACGCAGAAGAUGGCGGAGCUUUUCCCAUCAGAAGGCAACACCCAGAUCCCGAGACAUGGUCCCUUCCAGCCUCCCCGGGACCCGAUACCAGGGCCAUUCUCCCAAACACCAACACAAACGCAGAGCCAGGGAGACAAAGAGCCUACUGAGAUGGUUCCCGAAUCCUCACCCGUGCGAGGUGAUGAAAGUGAAGCUGAUGCCGCAUUCCAACGCCCUCGGGUCCCUCAGACCCCUCAAUCAGUGGUCCAAGUCGAGUCUUCGCAGGCAGUGGAUCGAGAUGGUCAGUGGCAGGGGCAGGUUCUCUCUCGGAGCCAACUUCUGUCAUCAAGUGUCAUGGAAAGUGUUCCGAUGCCGAACUUCUGGAUGGGAAGUCAGGACAGUGCCCUCUCGAACAAAGAAGGUGCCCCUUCUGAAACCAAACCCCAAGAAUCCAACAACCUCAAUGACGAGCUCCAAGAGACCUUCCGUGCCUUCUCCGCCAGCCCGUGGGGCUCUCGAAUCGGAGGACUUUGGGACAAUGUGCGCAAGCAGGGAGAGACCUACUACGAAGGUGCUCGUCAGGAAUACGCAGCUGCCAGCGAAGAAGCCGUGAAGGGAUUCUCCGGCCUGAAGGAUACACUCGCCGACCGAACAAAGGGGCUCUCUCUCAGCACGGUUGCUAUGGCAAGCAGUGGCGAAGGAUCAAGCGACGACAUAGCCACACCCAAAGCCUCUGCAGAGGGAGAGUCCUUGGAGAAAGGAGAGUCCCUAGAGAGGGGAGAAGGCGCCGACGCCAGCGGGGAGAGCUUUAUCUCCCGAUUCAAGGCGGAAGCCGCCCGACGACUGAAGGAAAUCGAGAAGGCCGAGGAGGCCGCAGAUGAAGCCAUCAUGCGAUUCGGAAUGAACAUUAGCCAGAAGCUGCGCGAGGCUGUCAGCAUUGUUCCCCCUGAGACUGAUGAGACCGGCAAGCUUCUCUUUGAGAGCAAAGAUGCCGAAGGCAAGCGCGUCAUCCACGCCACACGAUUCGAGGCCCAGCUGCACGUUAUUCACUCGAACAUUGAAAGCUUCACCAAGGACCCUGUCAGUGACGAGUGGUCUGUGUUCAGCAAGGAGUUCAACGUCGAGAGUAAAACGGAUGAGAUUGCUGUCGAUUUGGAGAAAUACCCCGAGCUUCGGUCAGCUAUGGAAAAGGUUGUACCGGAGCAGGUGGAAUACGCCGUCUUCUGGACUCGCUACAACUUCUUGCGUCUCGUCGUGGAAACCGAGGAGAAGAAGCGCAAGGAGCUUCUGAAGGGCGCCAACGCCGAGGACGAGGAAGAGGUUGGUUGGGAUGAUGACUCUGACUCCGAAUCCCAAUCCCCCUCUACUCCUCAGGUUCGAUCUAGCAACCAGACUCUAGCUGCCACCACAGAGACACCGAAGGCCGAGCCUCGCCGCUCGAACGACCAGCAAUCCCAGGCCGACAGCGAGUCUAGUUACGAUGUUGUCAGCGGUGCCGCUAGCAAGACACCUGGAAGUCCAAAGGAGAAGGACUCUGCCUCCAAGACCGAGGAGAGUAAGGCCGAGGACAGUGAUGAGGACUGGGAGUAA